GUUCGGGGCAGCCCUGGGGGUGCGUGGGGCGGCGCGUGCCGGGGGCGCCGGAGACCGACGGUCCCGGGGCCCCCGGCGGGGCGCCGCCGGCGACCCCGCGCGCAGGGCGCGGCCCCCGGUCCGGAGCGCGUGCGGCUGGUGGCUGCUUGUUGUUUGGUCGCUGCCGCUGGCCUCGGGCGGGCUGUGCGCCCCGCGGACGCGCGGCCGGCUGCAGUGCCUGCAGGUGUCGACGUUCGCCAACCGCAGCUGGGCGCGCACCGACGGCCUGGCGCGGCUCGGGGAGCUGCAGGUCUGCGGCUGGAGAAACGGCUCGGACGCCAUUCGCUUCCUCAGGCCCUGGGCGCGGGGCUCGUUGAGCGAGCGGCAGUGGGACGAGCUGCAGCGGACGCUCAGUUUGUACCGCAGAAGCUUCACCAGGGACAUGCAGGAAUUCGCCAAAAUGCUGCGCCAGGACUAUCCCUUUGAGAUCCAGGUGUCUGCUGGCUGCGAGCUGCGCGCCGGCAACACCUCCGAAAGCUUCUUUCACGGAGCAUUUCAAGGAAAAGAGAUCAUGAGUUUCCAAGGAGCUGUUUGGGUGCCAGCCCCAGAUGCCCCCUAUUGGGUGGGCAGGGCCACCAAAGAGCUCAACCAGGACCAGGGGACCAGAAAGACCCUACAGAGGCUCCUCAAUGACACCUGCCCCCAGUUUGUCAGAGGCCUCCUUGAGGCAGGGAAGUCGGAACUGGAGAAGCAAGUGAGGCCGGAGGCCUGGCUCUCCAGUGGCCCCAGUUCCGAUCCCGGCCAUCUGCUGCUGGUGUGCCAGGUCUCUGGCUUCUACCCAAAGCCUGUGUGGGUGAUGUGGAUGCGGGGUGAGCAGGAGCAGCGGGGCACCCAGCAAGGCGAUGUCCUGCCUAAUGCUGAUGAGACGUGGUAUCUCCGAGUGACCCUGGAUGUGGUGGCCCAGGAGGCGGCUGGUCUGUCGUGCCGAGUGAGACACAGCAGUCUAGGGGGCCAGGACAUAAUCAUCCACUGGGAGGGGAGCCACUCCUCCAUGUGGCUGAUGCUUGUGGCCUUGCUGGGGUCCUUACUGAUGAUUGGAUGCUUAGCCCUCUGGUAUAGGAAGCACCGCUCCUACCAAGACAUCCUGUGA